UGAUGAUUGUUAUUGUUAUUGUUUUGUAUAGUAAAUAUUCAAACUAAAAUAAUAUGAUUAAUACCAAAAAAGAAAGAUGUUUAAAAGAAGUUGAAGAUAUUUUGUCUUUGGCAAAGCUCUCUAAAGAUGAUAUUAAACCUUUAUCCCAAGCAAUAUAUUUUACAGAAAAAAAUUUAUACAAUCAUAACUUUCGUUUAUUACAAUUGGAGCCACAUUUAUUACAAGAAAUAACAGAAGGCUCUGAACUGUGUUUUAAAGGAGAAAAAGAUGAAGAACUUGUAAUCUGUUCUGAAACACAGACAUUUCAAGUAGUUGAAGCAGAAACUUCAAACAGUUUAUUAUUAGUAAAUAAUAUGAAAUUUACCAAAGAUAUUGAUGAUAGUUUGAGUUCAGCAGUUCAUGGAGUAGCAGUAAAAGGGAUAUUCUAUGAGUAUUUAGAAUCAUCAUUAGGCAAACCACAUUUAAAGAAGUUAGAUGAUUUACUUAAAACCUUUCCUUACAAAGGUCCAGAACAUGAGUUUGAGGUAAACAAAGAAAAUCUUUACAGUUUUGAAGAAUUGUGUGAUAAAAUUCAAGCCUCUAAAAGUGAAUUAAGGGAAGCAUUAAGCAUGAUGACUAUUGUUGAAAUUAGUGGUAAAAUAAGAACUUUGGAUAUUGAAUAUCAUUUUCGAAUAUUGUCCUAUAUGUUAAAAUUAUUAGAAGAAAACUCUUGGGAGACAGAUGAAGUUGAUUUCAAAGAAACAGUUGAUUCUUUAAAAGAAUUAGCUCCUAAAGAAGUUGUUUCACAUUUAUUUGAUAAAUAUACAGAAGAAUCAAAGGAAAUUGAUGGUAUAGCUUUGUAUAAGUAUAAGGAAGAUGAAGUUUGCAAAUUUUUUGCAAAAGUUUUACUACAUGAAACUGGCAAGUUCAAUUUAAAUGAAUUUUUACAAGCUUGGAGAGACUCUGUACCAGAAGGUAUGGUGCCUUAUGAAGAAAUGCUGUAUGGUAUUGCCAUUAUAGACAGAAAGUCUAAUCCUAAUUUUAUUUGGGCAUUUGAAGAGAGUAAUUUGCCUGAAAAUAUAAAAUGAAAGAUUCAAAAUUUUAUUUGCUGCCAAGGAAAAGUGGAGUGUUCCAGAGAUAUCACCUUAUAUAAAGAGAUUGACAACAGACAAAAUCGAUGUAAAUGCACUAUUGGCCAAAUACGCAAGGGCAUCAAAAAUUAAUGGAGUUAAGUAUUACUCAUCAAAACAUGGAAAAUGAAAUUGUUUACAGCAAUUAUAAAAUAUUAUUUAAAUAAAACUAUGUGAACUGUC